CCAGCCGCCACCAUGAUGUCCAUGAACAGCAAGCAGGCGUUCAGCAUGCACCCCAUCCUCCACGAGCCCAAGUACACCCACCUCCACUCCAGCUCCGAGGCCAUCCGGAGAGCCUGCCUCCCGGCCCCGCAGCUGCAGAGCAACUUCUUCGCCGGCCUGGACGAGACGCUGCUGCGGGGCGCGGAGGCCCUGGCUGCGGUGGACAUCGUGUCGUCGUCGCAGAAGAGCCACCACCACCCCUUCAAGCCGGACGCGACCUACCACACCAUGAGCAGCGUCUCGGUCUCGUGCACGCCCACCUCGCCCUCGGUCCACCUGCACCACCCCUCGGUGCUGGGCGGCCACGCGCACCCCCACCACGCCCACCCCCACCCGCCGGCCCAGGGCCUGGACGGCGAGCUGCUGGAGCACCUCAACUCGGCGCUGCCCUUGCCCGAGGUGGGCGCCGCGCCCGCCCACCCCGCCUCGCACGCCCACCUCCAGCAGGCCCUCAACGCCGCCAUGGGCCACCACCACCACCCGGCCCACGGCCAGCCCCCCAUGGGCAUGGGGCCCCACCCACCCCACGGCCUGGCCGCCCACCCGGGGCUGGCGGCCGCCAUCGGGGGGCCCGAGACCGAGACGGACCCGCGGGAGCUGGAGAGCUUCGCCGAGCGCUUCAAGCAGCGGCGCAUCAAGCUGGGCGUCACGCAGGCCGACGUGGGCUCGGCGCUGGCCAACCUCAAGAUCCCGGGCGUGGGCUGCCUCAGCCAGAGCACCAUCUGCCGCUUCGAGUCGCUCACCCUCUCGCACAACAACAUGGUGGCCCUCAAGCCCAUCCUCGAGGCCUGGCUGGAGGAGGCCGAGCGCGCCCAGCGCGACAAGCUGGCCAAGCCCGAGGUCUACGCCGCCGGCGACAAGAAGCGGAAGCGCACCUCCAUCGCCGCCCCCGAGAAGCGCUCCCUCGAGGCCUACUUCGCCGUCCAGCCGCGGCCCUCCUCCGAGAAGAUCGCCGCCAUCGCCGAGAAGCUCGACCUCAAGAAGAACGUCGUGCGCGUCUGGUUCUGCAACCAGCGCCAGAAGCAGAAGCGCAUGAAAUUCUCCGCCGCCUACUGA